UUGUGGGGCGCCCGCGCCCCGCGUCGCUUUGUCGACCGGCGACGCCUCUCCCUCCCUCCCUCGAUCCCAGGUUCGAUGCAAGCAAGCAAUGUCGACCCCAAGAUCGAUGGAUGCUGUUCCAGCUGAUGAUGAUUGCGAGAGAUUUGUGGUUCAUGUGCUCAGAAAGUUGAUGCAGUGUUAGGAAGUGGGAGGAUUGUUUGUGUAUUCAACAACUUUGCAUGUGGGGUUUGAGCCGGAGGCUGUGAUCACUGAUGUAUUUUGUUGGAGGAGUUGGUUGAUGGGCGUAAUGACAAUGGCAUCGCAGGGUGGGGUUGGCAACAGCGGCGAUGGCCAGCGUUCCCAGACUCAGGGCCUAUCCAGGCAAGGGUCGUUCUAUAAUAUGACCCUUAAUGAAGUCCAGAAUCACUUGGGAGAACCCCUUCAUAGCAUGAACCUCGAUGAUCUCCUCAAGACUGUGUUUGCAGCCGAGGGUAACCAGUUAUCGAGUAUGGAUAUUGAUAGUCCAGGAGACCAGUAUGCCUCCGACUCUGGUCUCCAUCGCCAGGGAAGCAUUACUAUGUCACGAGAGCUGAGCAAAAAGACGGUGGACCAAGUGUGGAGAGACAUUCAGUUGGGAAAUGAGAAAGGUGAUGAGGUGCAAGGAUCAGGUCAUGGUAGGCAGCCGACACUUGGUGAGAUGACACUGGAGGACUUUCUUGUGAAGGCUGGGGUGGUUGCCAAGGACUUUGGGAAAGACAGAAAUGAUCUGACCGGGAAUGUGGAUCCUGUAGGAAAUGCUGAUCUGAUUGCCGGGACACAGGAUUUUAUGCGAGCAACAAGUUGGUUGCAGCAAUUUCAGCGGAUGGCUACUAUUGAUCAGCAGAUACAUGGGCAACAAAGCAUGACAGGGGCUUAUAUGCCAAACUGUGUGCUUCCACAGCCAAUGGGUGCUGGUACUGGUCCUAUGCUUGAGGCUGUUUUUCCUGAGGGUCAGAUAAAUAUAUCAUCACCAACACUGGGUGCAUUUUCUGAUUCUCAAACUCCUAGUAGAAAACAUGGAGCUUCAGAAGAUUUGGACAUAUUAGCUGAGAGGAGACACAAAAGGAUGAUCAAGAAUCGGGAGUCUGCUGCACGUUCAAGAGCUAGGAAGCAGGCAUACACUAAUGAACUGGAAAACAAGGUUUCUCACCUAGAAAAAGAGAAUGAGAGGCUGAAGAAGCAGAAGGAGUUGGACAAAAUACUUCUCUCAGUACCCCUACCGGAACCAAGGUACCAGCUUCGCAGGACAAGCUCGUCCCCAUUUUAGCCUAUAUCAUGUAAGUUUAUUGAUAUGGUUACUGUAUUAUUAUCAUUAAUAGAGGCAUGGUAAGGUCAGUUCAGCAUUCUUAUUUUAAGAUCCUUAGGUUUUUAUAAUUAUAGCUGCAGUUACUGUUCCAGUGAAUGACUGCUAUCAUAAUAACCUUGUAAAUUAAUUCUCUUUUCUUCCUAGGAAAAAUACUUGUGUAGCGAUUUCUUUUCUUUUUUUGGCUGAUUUAUUAGCUAAAACUAAAUCUUUGUAUGCAUUACUGCUGCUCUGGCAAAUUUUCAA